CCUCUGGCCGCACCGGGCGCGAAGAUGCAUACUACCCAGAAAGACACCACGUACACCAAGAUCUUCGUUGGGGGGCUGCCCUACCAUACCACCGAUGCUAGCCUGCGCAAGUACUUCGAGGUCUUCGGCGAGAUCGAGGAGGCUGUGGUCAUCACUGACCGGCAAACGGGCAAAUCCAGAGGCUAUGGAUUUGUCACCAUGGCGGACCGGGCUGCUGCAGAAAGGGCCUGCAAGGAUCCCAACCCUAUCAUUGAUGGCAGAAAGGCCAACGUGAAUCUAGCAUACUUGGGAGCCAAACCUAGGAUUAUGCAACCAGGUUUUGCCUUUGGUGUUCAACAGCUUCAUCCAGCCCUUAUACAAAGACCUUUUGGGAUACCUGCCCACUAUGUGUAUCCGCAGGCUUUUGUGCAGCCUGGAGUUGUAAUUCCGCAUGUGCAGCCGACAGCAGCUGCUGCCCCCACCACGCCUUAUAUUGAAUACACUGGAGCUGCGUACGCACAAUACUCAGCUGCAGCAGCAGCUGCCGCCGCCGCCGCCGCCUACGACCAGUACCCCUACGCAGCCUCGCCCGCGGCUGCAGGAUACGUCACCGCUGGGGGCUAUGGUUACGCAGUCCAGCAGCCAAUCACCGCAGCGGCUCCUGGGACAGCUGCUGCCGCCGCUGCAGCAGCUGCCGCCGCUGCAGCAUUUGGCCAAUAUCAGCCUCAGCAGCUGCAAACAGACCGAAUGCAAUAGACAAACAUCUGAUCAAAGUUGAAUUGUUCUCUCUUCCCUUCCUUCCCCCCAACUUUCCAAUUUUUAGUAGGUAAUGAGAGCAUUAACAUUGACUUAACCGCUUUGGGGCGGGGGGCAAAAAAGCUAUGCUAUUACAAAGCAGGAUUUUUUUUUUUUUUUUUAAAUACUCCAGUAGUGUUCCUGGAUGAGAAAGGGGUGACAAUGGGGAGGGUAGGAACAGGUUUGGAAAUCAAUCCCAGAGACAAUGAAAGGUCAAUUUGAAAUGAUGGGCAGGGAACCGUGGUGAUGGAACUUCACUUUUAUAACGGGGUUUAUAUUUUUGCUCUUUUUAUAGUAUCAGGGAAGCAAACUGCCUUUUACAGUUAGGAAAUGCUAUUUGAAUCUAGCUGAACCAGGGAAUACAGAGUGAGCAAUAUGUAGCUUGAAUUACCUUUUAAAAAACAGAUUUUUUUUUUUUUUUAACAUAGUGUUUGGAAGCACUGAUUGUCAUUUUUAGCAGUCACUAUGGCCUAUAGAACUUUUUUGAGUAAGAAGUUAAUGUUCUUACUAUCUCAAAAACGGGCAUCGAACAAUCAAUCUGGGAGUGUGGUGUGGUGGGCGAAGUGGUGGACAGGCACCAAAGCUAUUUUCUCAUCUGUCCUCAGGAUGAGUGGAACUAUAGAGCAAGUGAUGUGUAAGGAAUGGGUACAACAGCUGUACAGACAAUCACUAACACACAGUUCUGGAAAGAACACAUCACUUGUGCUUGUUUGAUGAGCUUGUCACAUUCUAAUCCCUCUCCCCAUCCUGUUUCAAUUUUGGGAAACUUGUAUCUGCUGGUGUCAGCAAUUCUGAUUCUGAAAUAGGAUCGGGCAUUUACUACAACAGCCUUCUCUAUUUAUUGUGUCGACUUGUGGCGUUAUGAAUAAAAGCAGGCAAAGUUUGCAGACUCUACACCCUUAAGAACUGUCUUAAGGACAUUUAUUUUUCCCCCCCUUUUUAAAUAAUUUUACACUUUGUAGUAUCUAUUUCAGAGUCAUAUUUAAAACUAUUUAUUAGUGAUUACAGUACACGAGACAACAAGGUUACUGAGAUUACAAUUCUUCAAAGAUUAAUGAUCAUGUGGUUUAUAUUGUGCCUUAAUAGUAAUGCUAUUUAAGAUAUUUAUUUUUAAGUUUUACUAUGCUGCACUCUAAAGAAAGGAACUUUAGAUGUGACACUGUAAAAUUAUGUAUUCAUCUCAUGGCAUAAAUUAUUUAGUAGGUCUAGAUGUAGCGUAUUAAAUAUUAACCUAUUCAACGAAAGACGUUGACUUGGAUUUAUUUAAAUUCAUAUGUGCACUGUAUAAGAGCGUACUCUUACAUUAACACAUUUUAGUUCAUUUUAGCUUUUAGGUUUGUUAACCAGGCUACAUUGCUAGUUUCAUGCUUCCUUCUCUGAUUUUUGCUCAUGUAGAUCUCAUUUUUUGGUAACUCAUCUGUCUAACACUCUUCUUAAUGUAGUUUUUAAAUGCUGCUUUACAUUUUUUUCUUCUGAAACUGCAAUACUUGCAAUUUUUACUCUUAAACUAAAUUGAAGACUAUUUUACACUGUAUUGGAUUUUUAUACUUGAACAAUUUCAUACAAGGAAAGACAGGUUAGCAUUUUUAUGGACUUUCUCCAUUAUCACUGGAUUUACUUUAAGUAUUCCCAUACUAGACAGUGUUAUGUAAUGUAGACAUGUCUCUCCUGUGCAAAUUAUUUAUUCAUUGUGUAUAUUGCUUUAUAACAUUUCAAAUCUUCUAAUCUAUUCACUUGUAAUAAAUAUAAUUUUUAAAAA